CAUAUAAAAAUAAAAAAAUUAAUGAAAUAAAUUUGCAUAGUCAACAAUUGGUUCAGAUGAGCAAGAUUAUUGAGAGUACUGCCGACAGGCUACACGUUUUUUGGAGGCCUCAAUUGGAAGCAACAAAUGCUUGCUUAGCCAAAGCAACGUGAUAAUUCUCCAAAUAAUAAUCACCAGCUUGAUGAUCGAGUUGUUGCUGAAUUGGUGUUAAAGUAACAGCCGAAGAGACGAAAAUACCGAAAAACGCUUGCAGGUCGAGCAUCGCUUUUGGUGUUGACGGCUAUUUCUUUGUUUGUUUGUGGGGUCACACGCUUGUCUGUUGCUUUGGUUGAACGCUGAUUUCGCCUCUUGAUCGUUUUGGUUGCUUCGCUCGUUGCUUGCCUCCGACGCAUACGCUCGGCAAGCAUUGGUCGCUUUACAACUACAACAACUGCAGCAAAGUCCACUCUAGUGUCACAAGCAUUGGUGCGCUUCGUUGAGUAAGUAUAAAGAGGCCUCACUGGGCAACGUCAAAGCAUUCAGUCGUUGGUUCCCUACAAGCAAACAACUAAAUUUAUUUUUUAAUUUAAGUUUUACUUCUCUCCCCCACACAAAACUCACAACUAUGAACUCCUUCUCCGUGUUCUUGGUGUUUGCUUUGGCAGCACUGGUCGUUGCGGAACCACCAUCAGGAUAUAAUUAUCCCAGAGGCGGCGGUGGCGGUGGUUCGUUCGGUGGCUUUGGUGGCGGCUCCUUAGGAGGUGGCGGUGGCGGUUACCAAGCCGUAAGUGGUGGCUUCCAGACUUCCGAAGGCCAAAAUGUCGAUCCUCAGCUGUUGGAACAAGUACGUCAAAUUCUACUCAAUGAGGAGAGCAAAUCUGGCGGCGGCGGCGGUGGUGGUGGCGGCGGUGGCUAUCCAUCUGGCUCGUAUGGCCCACCAUCGGGCUCAUAUGGUCCACCUUCAUCGUCUUAUGGUGUGCCCGGUUUCGGUGGUGGCGGCCGUGUUGUUGGCAUUGAUUUGGAAGGUGUGCGUCAGGCUAUCCAGGUGGCGCAAUUCGCUCAACAGAGCACGCAAGCCGGCGGUAGUGGCUUCGGCGGCUACCCAAGCGCGCCCUCUGGCUCGUAUGGUGCUCCAUCGAGACCAAGCGGUAGUUAUGGCGCGCCUUUCUAAGAUGUAUGUGUGCGUCAACUUAAAUACAUUUAAAUACUAGAUAUAUAAAAAUCUUGUGCCUGUGACCAUGUAGAUGAGUAGAAGGAGCGGAAUGAAAGAAGCCAAGCAUAAAAAUAUAAAUUAAAUGUAGACCACGAUCCUCAGCCAAUACACCAAUCGAUGAGACAAUAAAUCAAACAACAUGCUGCCAAAUAAAUGAAAUUGAAGUUGAAAACGAAAAUGAAGAUGACGAUAAUGAUACAUGAUGAAGACGAUGAGGGCGAUUUGAGGCAUUGAUUGCUAUGAAGCACAAAUUUAAAGUGAAAGCGGUUUAAAAAUAACUAACAACUACAGUAAUGCAAGCAACAACAAUAACGCCACUCAAUGGAUAAUUCGAUGAUCACGGAGGCGACAUUAGCAAUAGCAACCAAACAGCAACAAUCAAAUAACAACGAAAUCUGCAACAUUGUUGCCAUUUUCGUUGCUGUCGCUGAAUGUGUGAAACAUGUGUUGUACAGAGACAUGUAGAGUAUGAUAAUAUCUACUCAUUUUUCUUAUUUCGAUUUCGCACUGUCACCCGCAUCCACCCAACACCGCCAAGCGCAACGGACAACCGCGAACAAGCAUAAUUGACGCGCCGGACUUUGCUCUG